CAUAGCCGAGGGAGCGCUCGCUUUUGUUACGCCUACACUGUCUUUACGGCAACCCAGCGAUAUUUUAUGGCUGGAAGGAUAAUAACUUCGCAUAGACGCUUCGCGGUGACGUAGUUUUACAGCUGUUCCUUAUCAAGCAUUCAACCGAAUUCCAGCCGCCAUGUUGCUGUGCUGCAGUGGUCUACGUUUGAAAGACUGUGCGAGAAUUUUAGGAGUCUGCCUUUUGGUCUUUCGAUCCAUCGGUUUUAUCGUCGGAGGUGUGGUGCUAGGACAGCUAGACCAGCUGGUCGCAAUUAUUCCAGGAUACAAUUCAGACCAGCAUGAGCCAUAUUUGAAAGGUAUCCUCAUCACGUGUACAGCCGAUGCAGCACUAUGGAUAUUCUGUUGCCUGCUGCUCCUCAAAGUUACUGUCCUGGACGACAGAAAACUGCUGGCUCCAUACAUAAUCUACACCGUGGCUUCGAACAUAAGUUACAUGAUCAUGAGUGUGAUGGCUUGCUUCUUUCUACCUGAAGUGAUUGCCUCUGUCCUGGCGGUAGUGCUGACUGCUAUGUGCGGUGCUCAGAUGUAUUUCUGUAUGAUUGUUAGUAAUCUCUACAAGCAACUGCAACGCGAUGUUUCUUUUAAACUCCUCUUGGCCCAUGCGGAGAAUUUGGAAACAGUACCCGUGCCUACAGAUCACCUCUUCAUCGUCUAGUCGAGCUUGGUAUCGAGGCACUGAUAUUGUAAUCUGGCCGAAAACCCGUAUGGUACGUGAAAAUUAUGAAACUGAAAAAAUGGCUAGGAAGCAAGCGAGCUGGUGAAGAUGAUGCAUAAUGUAAAAACCCCGAGACUAGGGAACACGAAGGGACAGACACAACAUGCACGUGUUGUGUCUGUCCCUUCAUGUUCCCUAGUCUCGGGGUUUUUACAUUAUGCAUUAUGAAACUGUUUGUGUACAUUGUUUAAUAAAGCGCAGUUUUAUGCUUCAUCAACGCGCCAGUUUAGUACCGACUGGUAUGUACCGAUAUGGGAGCUAUAUGUCUUGAGUGCCCGUGUGUCAUGGGUAUAAAACAUGUCGUUAUCUGGUUUCUGUCUAUUAUGUUCUUUUCCAGAGCCACCGUUCUUAUUAUGCUGAAGCAAGUUUCAGUUUGAGUUUGAAUGUAAAAAAAGAAAGGAAGAAAUUGAAUUCGUCACCUGACGAAUUUUAGUACUCCCAUAUGCUGAAACAUAUGGUAUUACAUAUAAGUCAAAUAUUAAUAAUAACGCUUUUUAUUACGUGCCCAAGAACAGCCUCGAAGUCCUUAUUGUUGGCGCACGCUCACAAAGUGCUACAUAAUGCUGACAGCCUAUUCGCGACUCCAAUGAACUACAGGUGGCGCCCCGAAAUUCCAAGAUGGCGGACGAGUCCAGGUCUCCAUGAGGUUAGAGUAGAGUGUAGAGGUCUCCCGAGGAAAGCGAGCGUAGGGACUGCGGUGUCGGCCGAAUUAUGUUAAUCUAUUUCAGUUUUGAAUGUGCACAAAUUGACAUGCUUCAUGACAACGAAUUAAUUUUGUCUGCUGGUCAUCUCAUAAGCUCAACUCAGAGAAGUAGGCAAAAAGUUUCCGUCGUCGAAGAUUGUUUACAAACGCCGGGUGUGGAGCGAACGGAGGAGGCAUUUUAGAAUCUAAGAAGGCAAAGAGGGGAUUGUUCGCUUAAGAAGAGUGACAUAUCAUGUGUUACGGAAUGAGGAUUAGUAGUAUGCAAGUAAUGCCAUUUUUUAGUUUCUGCUCCGAUAGUCCCGUAGUAUAUGAGCGUUGCAAGCGAACAACAGCUCCGUUGUACGUGCAUGUAGUGUAUCUAAGAAUUAGACAGCUCUCGUAGAAACUUUGAGACACAAGUAAUCAUAAAAAAAUGCAAUGCACAAGUUAACGUUCACAUGGACACUUGGAAAAGCUCGAGAGAAAACUUCGUGCUCAUAUAGACUACAAGUAAUGAAGAGACUUGGGAGGCCGUAUAAGGGUUAAAAACACUUGCUACUUUUAUUACAUUAAUAAUUAAGGGGCGCUAGGAAUAGAUUUACAGUUAGGGGUCGACGUUUCGGCAGUCAGCGCUGCCUUCAACAGAACUAAACUUGGAAAUAGGUGACAAGGGCUUAUAUACAAGGGAAAGGGGGAAAAUGAGAGGGGAACAGUGCACGUGGAGCGGAGUUGGUGAUGUUGCAGGAGCGUUGUUGCUAAUGGUCCAUUGAGCACUUGCAGGAGCGUUGGCUGUCUUCCAGGAGAGUACUCCUUGGUCGUCUGAUAAACCUGAAAAGAUAAAAGAGAUACGGCAGAAAGAACGAAAGAGGGUCGGGAGACUUGGUCUAGGAGCUAAGGCUGCGAACUGUAGACAAUACGCCGGGGUCUUCGUUUAUCGUGGACUGGAAUUUGUGGAUUAGGAAUGAUUCACGCUGUUGCCUGCUACGGUCUGAGGGGAAACCAGAUUGUAAGAUGUACACGUGGAUGUCCUUGAAUGAGUGGCCGGUUUGAUUGAAAUGACGCGACACAGGGAGAUUUGGUUUCUUUGUAAUAUCGGACCUGUGAUUAUUAAAACGAAUUCGGAAUGA